AUGACAACCCUCCGCGCGCCCUCCUCCCUUCCCGCAACCAAACCCUCGCCCUCAAUCCCUCCACCCCAGCUAUCAUGGCUUCAGGGCUCCUGGAACGUAACGCACUCGACGCUGCCAAUGUGGAAGAAAUCGCGCAACGUACGGAUAACAUACACACCCAUCGCCGGUACCUCACCACUGCAAAUCGACGAUGUUGUGACCUAUCAGAGUCUGAGUGCAACCAAUAUCAAGACUAUACAUGGUGUUGAUAAGCCGUUUGAGGUACCGAACACCACACCCGCGUCUUCCAGCGGAGAUGCCGAAGAAGGUACAGGCGGUGGCGUAGGAGACUCGAAAGUCGCGAGCAUGGCAUAUCAUUGGCGUGGAAAAGGCUGGCUCAUGAUCGCGUCCUCGAAGUGGGAGAUACUCGGUUAUGGCGACGAGCCGGCAACAGGAAACAGCUUUGUAGUCACUUACUUCGCGAAAACGCUGUUCACGCCUGCGGGUGUAGAUUUCUACUCGAGAAAGGGCAGUCUGACACCUGAAACAGUGGAAAGUAUCAAGGCGGGAUUGACUGGCCUAGGCGGGGACGUUGCGAAGUUGGCGGGCGAGUUAUUCGAGGUGAAGAUGGAUGGAGAAAGGACAGAGUGA